ACAUAGAGAGAGAGGUGCUGUGAGGAAAUUCAGUAGACACAAGUUGUGUAAUCAUUGUGCCCUGAGUGACGAGAAUGUACGCAGCAAAUUCAAUUUAGGGGUCAGAGCUCUUUUCUUUAGACGGUCGACCAGUUCAUUUAUUAGCUUUUGUGAAGCUUCAGUGUCAUUUAGCCUCAACUCUGCAUGUCACAAAAUCACUUCAACUUGCUCAAAUGUGUCUAAUUGAGGAUUGUAAUCUUUUCCUGCUGGAUCGGUGAGCCAGAUGACCAACUCAACACCCCUUCACUUUUUCCACAAAACCAAGAUGCAUUGAAUGUGCAAUGAUGUGAUGAAUAUUAACAUUUGUCUGCCGCGAGCCCGCGGAUGCGUUGCAAGUGAUGUGAAGAAUGUGAGCUGCUCUCUGAAGGCGGUGUAUUUGGACACAAGCAGGGGAAGAAUGUGUGUGUUCUUAUGCUACUGUGUGUUCCCCUCUCCAUGAUGGACAUUCCUGGUCCUUGCAAACAUGCCAUAACCAUGGACCACCUGCUUCAACUAAAACAACUGAUGACUAACCAGUUGCUGACUGGCUGUUCAAUCACAUAUACGUUCAUUGAAAGGAAGCACCUGAGUGUGGUGUGUUAUGUGAAAGCCUCUUUGCCAAGGGUGCUGGAAUUGUUUCAUUUCCACUUCAAAUACUUGCGAGGAUCAAGCAGUGCUCAAGCAGUGGUCUCCAUCCAGAACCUCAUUCUCAACAUCUACUCGCAACACUGCAUACCUUCACUAAAUGAAGAACUGGAGGAAGACCCUGUGGCAUUUGAGAGGCAGUACAAUGAGUCUCCUGUCCAGGCACUACAAAGAGUAGAGGAGGUCCUGUCCCUCUACUUGCACCUCAUCACAACCACUGAAACUUCUCUUAACUGGACCUGCGAGCAAGAGUACAGCAGCAACACACCCCCUACUAUAACACAGCUAACCACUUGCACAGUGACUGCGGUGGGGUUAUUCGAGCAAGAUUCUCAGGGGUCCUCCAGCGCUGAUUUCUACAGGCUGGCCUUCAUUGUGGUCUCCAUCUGUGGAGGAUUUCUUACUCUACUUACCGUCUACUGCCUCCUAAAGAGAAAGAAACUGCAGCAUCAACUGCACAGAGCAAGAAUGUCAUCAGAAUGAAGAUCGCACAUUGUCGAAAACUUUGAAGUAGAAGAACAAGAAUGCCAUAUGUCCAACCCACAAUGGUUUGGCUCCCACCUCUGCACUGAUUUCUAACUGAUCUGAUGAUUUUAUCUGGAAACCCAAGAGACCAUAAACAGUGAAACAGACUGCCUUGCUCGACAUCACCUCAAACAGAUUUACAAUAUAUGUCUGAUUUUUCAAGAACACUUGUGCAGUAUUUGUACAACUGUGUACAUAUGCAAAUAUGGAGUAAUAUUACAAACAAAUAUUUCUGAACUACUGGAAAGGUCUACUAGUCAUAGGAUUGCAUGUAAAAUAUUGCUAACAGCAAUCCACAAUGCAACUAAAAACUUAAAAAACUAGACUGGAAGCAAAAGGAAAAUCAGUAUCAUUAUAUGAUAUGUAAACAGAGUGGAUUUGUUUAGAGUUAUGCAAUGUUGAUUUCAGAUGUUCCAAAUUCAGUUGUCACCAUACUAUAAUGCUGUUAUUGUUCAUAUGUGAGCAGUAUCUUACAGUAAAGGGUUAAUUGUUAAUACUGAACAAUUUCUUUCAGUUUCAAUUUUAAAGUAAAUACUGUAUAUAUUUUCAAUGUAAGGAGGUUAAAGGGAUAGUUUACCUGAAAAUUUAAUAAUUCUCACAUCAUUUACUCAGCUCUGUAGGUCUUUACAAUGCAAGUGAAUGGUGGCCAGAACUUUG